AUGGUAUACGCCAUGCACUUUGUUCAAGGUCUUGAAAUAGGAAUUCGAUACGGCGCAGGUACAGUAGAACCUGGACCACCAGUCUGCCCUUCUGGUCCAACCAUACCAGCCUAUAAAGAAUGUCCAUUGUUUGGCAAGUCCAAGAACAGUUACUAUCCACUUACCUCGCUGAUGUGGUCGCCAUCGUCACCUGGUUCACCUCGAGGUCCAGGUGGACCUGGCUGUUGUUUUCCCAAUGGGAGCGAGGCUCGUCUCAAGAUAGAAAGAAAACGCACUGGUUUUCCGGACAAGCCGAUGUCUCCAGGUGAGCCGGGAGCACCGUUUCGACCA